UCAACACACUCUCUGCUUCAGCUAACCAGCACAAACACACAUACAGAAUUACAGAUAGGGAGAGUGAGCGCGUCAUCACGGAGCGAUGGCACUUCCUGCUAAUGCCGCUGCCUCGUUGAGCUUCCCGGUGAUCAACAUGGAGAAGCUGGAGACGGAGGAGAGGGGCGCGGCCAUGGAGGUUAUCCACGACGCCUGCGAGAACUGGGGAUUCUUCGAGCUGCUGAACCAUGGCAUCUCGCAUGAGCUGCUGGACGAGGUGGAGCGGGUGAGCAAGGCGCACUACGCAUGCCGGGAGGACAAGUUCAAGGAGUUCGCGGCGAGGACGCUGGAGGCCGGCGAGAAGGGCGCCGACGUGAAGGACGUGGACUGGGAGAGCACCUUCUUCGUCCGCCACCUUCCCGCCUCCAACCUCGUCGACCUGCCGGACCUCGACCACCAGUACAGGCAAGUGAUGAAGGAGUUCGCGUCGGAGAUCGAGAAGCUGGCGGAGAAGGUGCUGGACCUGCUGUGCGAGAACCUGGGCCUGGAGCAGGGCUACCUGAAGCAGGCCUUGGCCGGUUCCAGUGGCCCGACGUUCGGCACCAAGGUGAGCAGCUACCCGCCGUGCCCACGCCCCGACCUGGUGGACGGCCUCCGCGCGCACACCGACGCCGGCGGCGUCAUCCUUCUGUUCCAGGACGACCAGGUGAGCGGGCUCCAGCUCGUCAAGGACGGAGCAUGGGUCGACGUGCCGCCCAUGCGCCACGCCAUCGUCGUCAACAUCGGCGACCAGCUGGAGGUGAUCACCAACGGGCGGUACAAGAGCGUGAUGCACCGCGUGCUCACCCGCCCCGACGGCAACCGCAUGUCCAUCGCCUCCUUCUACAACCCCGGCGCCGACGCCGUCAUCUUCCCGGCCCCGGCGCUUGUGGCCGCUGCCGGCGCCACGGAGAAGAACGAGGGCGAGGAGGGCGGCGCCGCGUACCCGAGGUUCGUGUUCGAGGACUACAUGAACCUGUACGUGCGCCACAAGUUCGAGGCCAAGGAGCCGCGCUUCCAGGCCAUGAAGGCGGACGCCGCGUCAGUCGCCACAGCGUGACAAGUACAUGUGCUCGUACGUGCCAGGGCCUGGACAAGAGCAUUUUGGGACAUGUUGAUGUGGUGUACCGUAGAUAAUUUGGCUUGCUUGUGUGUGUAUUGUUGUCCCUGGUGGAAUCUCCGUGCAUGCCGUGAUGCUUGUGUGUGUUACUGUACGUGUGAGUGAAGUUUCUUUCUUUCUUUUGAAUAGUAUACGUGUGACGUGUGAGGUUACGUGAUGUAUGUAGUACGGAGUAGUGUAGUACUUGUGUACUAUGGUAUCGAUAGCUUAACUGCCUUAAUGGCAAUUUCAACGGCUACACGUAAAAUUUCUCCUGCA